CAAGCCAUGCUGGUGUGGCAACUGGAGGAGGAACUGCGACAUCUUAGAGCUCGCGGCCCCAGUAUGGAGAAACAAGCCAUGUUGGUGCGACAGCUAGAGGACGAACUGCGACACCAGAAGGCACGGGGACUCAGCGUCGAGGUGCAGAGCCAACUGGAGAACCUGUCGACGGAGAAUGACCACCUGACCCGCGAGGUAGCCAUCUUGAGGGAGACAAUCAAGCAAAUGGAGAGGCGCAGUGCUAAAGAGGCCAAGGGGCAGCAGGGGGCCCACGACUCCCUGCUCACGGAUAACGAUCGCUUAAACCGCGAAGUCUGCCUGCUGAGGGAGGCAAGCAAGGAGCUGGAGCUCAGAAUUGAGACGCAGAAGCAGACGCUUGCGGCGCGUGACGAAAGUAUCAAGAAGCUGCUGGAGAUGUUGCAGCAGAAAGGAAUAGGUGAUAAAAAUAUAGAUGAGGAAGGGUCAGUAGAGUUGGAACAAACGCGAGCGCGCCUUGUGGAGACCCAGAAUGAACUGGACCGUUUGAAGGAAACUCUGUGCCAGCGAGAGGAGGACUGUGAGAAGCUCCGCCAGGAGGCUCUGGAAGUGGCGGAGCGGCUGCGUCGCGAGCACGACCAUAGCUUCGGGGGGCCGUGGGGGCUCAACGGCCCUGCUGCUGGUGACGCCGGUACCUCGGCCACUCUGACGGCGCUGCUGGAGACCAAGGACGCGCGUAUCCUUUCGCUGGAGCGUGAAGUGGCACUCCUGGAGGGGGAGGUGGCUAUGGCCAGGGAGUCAGGAGGGGCGGGCCUUGGCGGGGUCCUUGUCGGGGGUGGCCUGUCCGGCUCCCGCUGGGGCUCCCGCGCCUCCUUAGUCACCCCGCCACCCACCGAUGACUCACGCCUCCUCCAGGUGCUGCAGGAGCGGGAGCGCAAAGCUAAAUCGCAACUGGAGGAGUCCCGGUUGGAGAUUCAGAAGAGAGACCAAGAAAUCCUGGCGCUGUCCGCGAAGAUGAAGACCUUGGAGGAGCAGCACUCGGACUACCAGCGCCACAUCACCGUGCUAAAGGAGUCUCUCUGCGCCAAGGAGGAGCACUACAACAUGCUUCAGGCUGACCAUUCCUCCGGUAUACUUCGUCAGGUGGAGGAGAUGCGGCAGCGACUUGAGGAGAAGAACAAGACCAUCGAGAAGAAGACCCAGCAGGCCCUCCAGACCACCCAGGAAAGGAACAAGCUCAACUCAGAGCUAACUGAACUUCGUGAUCAUAUGGAUAUUAAGGACAGGAAGAUCAAUGUCUUACAAAGAAAGAUUGAGAACUUAGAGGACCUGCUGCGGGAGAAAGACAACCAAGUAGACAUGGCACGGGCAAGACUGACAGCAGUGCAGGCCCACCACUCCACAUCUGAGGGUGCACUCUCCUCCCUGGAAGAGGCCAUUGGAGAUAAGGACAAACAGAUCACACAGCUUAGGGAGCAGCGUGACAGAGCAGAGCAGGAGCGGCACCAGGAGCAAUCACUACACGAGAGGGACAUCGCUGAGUACAAGAUGAAACUUCACACACUUGAAGGGGAGGUAGAAAAGCUGCAGGUCCGCCUUGAACGUUCACUGGCUGAGAAGGAUAAGCUCGAGGCCAAACUUGAGUCCAGUCAGUCUGAGCUAGGCAAGGCUAAGGCAGAGUUGGAAAAGAUGCACGGUGAAGUGGGUAAGAGUACAAGUGAUUAUGAGUCUUACCGCCAUCGUCUCACCAAGCUUGAGAUGGAAAAUGACAGACUGAGGACUGAGAACGAGAGGCUCCACCACGAUCUAGAGCGCUCCCACCCCACAUACGGACGCUCCUCAAUACCUGGAGGCUCAGGAGAAGUGGAGCGCUUGCAGGAGAAGCUAGACAAGUGUCAGGCAGAACUACGGCGAGCACAGACUGAACUGCGCAUGAACCAAGCUGACUAUGAGCGGUCCCAUGUGGAGGUAAAGGUGGAGCAGCUGCAGGAGAAGGUGGAGAAAGCACAAGGAGAGAUUUAUCGCUUGAAAGCCAGAUUGGAGAAUGCCCAGAGUGAGAAAGACAGUGUGCAGGAAGAGCUGGAGCGUGCCCAGGCCACGGUAGCUCGGCAGCACAGUGAGAGAGAGCGCUGGGUGAAUGAGGUGGAGAAACUACGAGAGGAGUUAGAGAGGUCUCAGGCAACUGUCGGUAAAGCACAGAUUGGACAGGAAAAGACGCAGUCAUCUCUUGACAAGGUUCAGUCUGAAUUGGACCAACUUCAGGAACGAUAUGAGAGACAGAGUGCUGAGAUGCGCAGGAUACAAGCUGAGCGUGAGAAACAUGCUUAUGAAUUUGAACAAAUACAGAGUCAACUGGACAAGGCUCAUGGUCAAAAUGCCAGACAAUCCAAGGAGAGAGAAGCAGCACAGCAUGAGGCAGAUAGGUUGCGAGAGAAAUAUGAGAAGCUUCAAACUCAGAUGGCACGCCUGCAGAAAGAGCGGGAAGGUGCAAGUGCUGAGGUGGAAGCGCUGAACGAGAAGGUGGAUUUGCUUCAGACGCAAUUGGGCAAGGCUCAGAGGGACCGGGAGAAUACGUACGGGGACCUGGAACUCCUGAAGGAAAAAUACGAGAAGACCUCAACUCAGCUGCAGAAACUCAUGUUGGAAAGAGAUGACCGCUCAACUGAAGUGGAAAUUUUGAAGGACAAGCUAGAGAAGGCACAAUCUCAGGCCACACGGGCACAGGAUGAGAAAGAAAUGGCCAACAGAGAAUUUGAAAGGGCACUUGAAAAGUUUGACAAAUCUCAAAGCGAGAACUUUCGGCUGCAGACAAGACUAGAGUCAGCUCAAGCAGAACAGGAACGCCUUCAAAUUGAGAUAGAGAAAACUCAAGUUCUGUUUAAUAAAAUUAAAGAUGAAAAGGUUAAACUUCAGGAAGAUUAUGAUCGUAUACAAGAAUCAUAUGAUCGCUCAAGUUUACAAUGUGUCCGAGCUAAAGAGGCUGAGGAGAAGCUAAAAGAAGAGAUCGAAAGACUCAAUGUAGACAUAACAAUUCUCAGGGAACGUUAUGAUAAGACAACAGUUGAGCUCAGGAGGGUUGGCAGUGAGAAGGAAAAAUUACAGAAUGAUGUUGAUCAGCUAACAUUUGAAUUAGAAAGAGCACAGGCACAAUAUGGCAAAGCACAGAAUAAUCAAGAAAAGAGCCAAGAAGAAAUAGCAAGAUUACAGAUUGAAGUUGAAAAAUAUAAAGAUAAAUAUGAGAGAAAUGCUAUUGAACUCAGCAAAGUUCGUAAUGAAAAGGAAAAAUUGCAACAAGAAUGUGAAAAUAUACAAGCAGAAAUGGAUAGAGUACUAGUGAGAAUGGGCAAGUAUCAGGAAAAUACAGAAAGGACAAAGGAGGAUUAUGAAAUGUUAAAGAUUGAAAUAGAAAGAGUAAAGGAUAAAUUAGAGAAGACACAAAUGGACUAUGAAAGAGAAUCCAUUUUGAGGGAGAAAUACGAGACAGAAGUGACGAAGCUUAAGAGUGAGAUAGACAGAGCUGAUCAACACAGAGGUAAAUACCAGCUUGACUAUGAGAAAAAUAAGCAGGAUGUUGAGAAAACUGCAGCAGAGAAUGAGAGGUUACGAGAAAGAUAUGAUACCAGUCAGAUAGAGCUCCAAAAAGAAAAACUCCUAAAUGAAAAACUAACUGAAGAAAUUGCUGCUCUAAAGGCAGAUCUUGACAGGCCAUCAUCUAGAGUAGGAAAGUACACAACUCAAGACAAAUAUGAAGGAGGAGAAUUAGAAAAAGCUAAUAUUGAAAUUGAAAAGCUGAAGGACAAGUAUGAGAGAUCACAAAUUGAAUGCACAAAAUCACAACAAAAGGUAGAGAAACUUGAGAGUGAAAAUGAUAGACUUAAGAGUGAUCUCCAGAUGAGUCAAGAGCAACUAGAGCGCUUCCUCUCUGCCCAGGACCGUAACAAGAGUGAGGUAGAAAAGACCACCAUAGAAAUGAACAAACUAAGAGACAGAUUGGAACGUAUGCAGACUGAAUUGACUCGUGCCCAAUCAGGAAAGGAAAAGGCUGAGAUGGAAGUUCAGCGAUUAACACAUGAAAUGGAAAGGUCCCAACAACACAUGUCUAAAUACCAAGAAAGCAAUGAAUCUGCCAAAAUUGAAUUUGAGAGAAUGUCAGUGGAACUUGAAAAGCUUCAUGAACGUCUUGAGAAAUCACAAACUGAACUUAGAAAAGCAAAUGAUGCUAAAGAAAAGAUUGAAAGUGAAAACAGGAAAAUCAAGAGAGAUCUUGAUGAAAGUAAAAACAUGAUUGGUAAAGCAGCUGACUAUCAACAGAAGUAUAACAUGGACCUUGAGAAAUGCAAAGAAGAAAUAAUAAGGUUGAAUAAAGAGCUUGAAAGAGCCAAAGAUGAAUUGAGUAAGGUUUCAACUGAAAAAGAGAGGCUCAAUACAACUCAAGAAAAACGUGAAAAGAUGAUAUCAAAAUUAGAAACAGACUUAAAGCAGUUACAGUCCGAAAGAGACCAAUUAGUGAAACAGUUAGAGAAGUCACAAGAUAUGCUCCUGAACUUCCAGCAAGAACUCAAACAAUCUGAAUCAGAACUGCAGAAAACUAAAGAUGAAAAUAAACGAAUAAAGACAGAAUUAUCCAGUACAACAAAGGAAAUGGAACAGGGUGCCAAGGAUAUGUUAGAAGGUAGAGAAAAGGAAAUUCAGAAGCUAAAAGGACAGCUUACAGUUAAAGAAAAGGAUUUCAAUGCUUUGCGAACAGAAGCAGAAAAAGAAGUUCAACGGCUGCAACAAGAAGUACAGAAGGCACAACAGAAUGCUCAGGCUGCACAGAAAGAGGCUGGUCUAAUACAAAGAGAAGCAGAAAAAGAACUAAAGAAUCUGAUUGUCCAGUUACAAGGAAAAGAAAAGGAACUUGCAACAUUACGAAGUGAAGGAGAAAAGUGCAGAUUGAGAGCAGAAAAAGCUGAGCGUGAUGCAGCAGAGAUGACCAAGCAGGUAAAGGAUAGUGCUCUAAAGGGUGAAGGAGAGACUGCAAAGCUUCAGCAAAGCAUAACUUCUGAGAAACAGAGAGCAGAUCAGGCUGAACUAGCAGUGCAAGAAAUGCAGAAACAAUUACAAAACAUGGCACAAGAGAGUCAAAAGACAGCCCAUCAAAUACAACAGUUAACUCAUGAGAAUCAGGAAGCAAACAAACAGAUGCAACAGCUAAGCCAACAAAACCAACAAGCACAACAAGAAAAUGCCACUUUACAAAAACAGAUACAACAGUCUCAACAACAUAUACAACAGCAAACACAACAACAACAUAACUUACAACAGCAGCUUCAGAAUUUGCAACAACAAUUACAGAAACAGAGCAAUAACCCACGUGAUAGUCCUGACACACAGAGGCUAAAAGCUGAGUUAGACAAGGCUAACACUGAACUGAAGAACUCUGCAGUAGAGAAACAGAGGCUGCAGAAUCAGCUGGAGUUGCUGGUGACUGAACUUGAGAAGAAGCAGCUUGAUUUGCAUGAGGCAAACCAAAAGCUUCAGAACGGUGCCAGACCUGGAAAUGACUCACAAGCAAUCAAGAGACAGCUGGAGGAGCAGAUGAAGAUGGUAGAGCAGAAGGUUCACACACUGGAGCAGAGAAACAAGCAGCUUGAUGAGAAGGAGAAGACGUUAGUUGACCUGGAUGCUCGACUGAACAAGAAGAGGGAACAGCUGAACAACAUGGAACAGCAGCUUGCCAAAGCACAAACUGCAGAUGGUGCCACUCCUUCAGAGGCUACUAAGCAGCUCUCUGAAAUGAGGAGGGCCCUUGGAGAUAAAGAAAAAGAAAUUGAGGCUUUACAAAAGGCUCGGGAACACGCUGAAUCUGAGGUGAAGAAUGCACAGUCAGAAACGGAGCGACUCUUACAACUGAUGCAGAUGGCACAAGAGGAGCAGUUUGCCAAAGACAAGACAAUUAAGGAGCUGCAAGAUGCUCUUAGAGGGGGUGGUGGAGGUGCUGGGAUGAAGAAACCAGGUGCAGGAUCCACCCCGAGCACUCCAGCCAAGAUGGAUGGAAUUCCUGCUGGACUCAGCACAGCCUCAGCAGGUCAGAUGGCAGCACAAGCAGCAGAGAAAGCCACAGCAGCAUCUGAAGCUGCAAAGGCAACGUUGGAGCAGGCAAAGAAUGUUGCACAGGCAUCUGAUGGGAGCUCAGGUAUUGAAAAUCAUGAAAUUGAUCUCCUGGAGAUGGAGGGGCGACAGCGAGAGUACAGGCUCCAUGUUGAGCAGAUUGAAGUUGAUAUCAAACUGAAAGACUCCCUCAUAAACAACCUUAGUGAUGAAAACAAGAGACAGAGGGAACGCAUGGAAGAAUUAGAGGAAGAGGUACAUGCACUUGAAGAAGAGCUCAAGAAGAAUGAAAAGAUUGAGGAACUAGAGCAACUAGUGGUUGUGGUGAAGCAGAAGAAUGAAAGGAUUGAGGAGCUGGAAGAGGCCCUGAGGCAGAGUGUCCGCAUUGCCACCGACAUGGAGAUGGAGCAGCAUGAGGAUGAAAAAAGGAAAAAAGAAAUUAAUGAAAAGCUGGCCAAGCUUGAGGCAAGAUUAGCAAGUGCUCAAAAUGCUCACAACCUUCGUUGCACAAGUUGUCAGACUGUGCGGCAAAGAUUGACUCAGGUGGAGACUUGCUACAACCAGGUGGCCAGUGAGAGGCAGCACCACCUUCAGGAACUCUUUGACAUGAAACACGAGGCUCUCACAGCCGCCCUGAGUGAGAAGGACGCCCACCUUGCCCUGCUUGAGGUGGGGGGUGUGAGGUCCUCCAGAGCAGCCCAGGAGGUGGAAUCGCUCAAAAAGGAAAAAUCAAAACUUGUGGAUGCAGUGAAACGUCUGGGUGAAGAGAGGGUGAGGCUGACACAGGAGUAUGCUGUGAGUAACCUCAAGCUGGAUGUUGAGCUUCCUGACACUCCACCUCCACAUCAGGACCCACAAGAUGACACUGAUGAGGACUCGACCAACUCCAGGACUCACUUAUAGAGAGAGACCCAACACCCUUUUAAUGUGGAGAGGUGUGGAGACUUCUGAAAGGAGAAAAUAACAAGAAAAGGAGAAGGGGAAUUUGAUUAAGGGAAUUAACCUCUGGUACAGUUUAAAAACUACUGCUGAAUUUAUCUCCUGUGCUGUCAUCAGUGAUUCAUGGAUUCCUGAGAGCCUUGUUGUUUCUACAUCAACUGAUCUUCAGGAAUGUUUGUAAAAGCAGUCUCUGAGAAAAUGAAUGUUGCUUUUGGGUGUUCUAGUUGAAAAGUAAAGCAAAUUCACAACUUGUAUGAAGCCAGGGUGUAAAUGUACAUUUUACUUGCUCUUGUGAGAUGCUCAAAUCACAGAGCUUGAAUGCAAAUCAAGUAUGGAUAAAUACUAAUAGAAAUGAUAAGCUUCAUAUUUUGACCGAAAAAUCUAAUUUUACAUAAAUAUUCAGACAUGUUCAUAUUCUCUGUUUGGUUUUGAAAGCUACUGAGCCCAAGCCAUCUGGAUAUCAUGUGCAUGUAGUGUAGUACUAUGGUACUAGUGUUAUUACAUCAAUGUUGCAGUUGUGUCACCUUAACUGGAGAUAAAGUCUCUUGCCCAGUGGCAUCUUAGGCUUCCAUAAUGUGGCUUCACUGAGUGUCUGUAAUGAUGUUCAGUAAUGUUCAAUACUGUGAUGUGAUUUAUAAACUGCGACAGUAGAUAUUAAAAUUUAUUGUGUGAAUGAAAAUAAUCUUGAAGUUCAAGGCAAAAGCAUCUAUUUUGUAUUUCACUGUGCUGUAAUACAACCCACCAAAAGUUCCUUAAACAGGUCAGCUGUACACUGCUACUUGAAUAUAUCAAGAAAAAGUAUGUCUUAUUCUAGGCAGCCAUUCAAAGUAAAUAAACAAAUCUAGUUAAAUCAUGAAACCUUGGCUAUAAUGUAACAAAUGAUAUGUAAUUGGUUGUGGCAGUUCCAUGUGAUUAAGGGGUCAUUCGUCCUAUAGAAGGUGGUUAUUAGUGUUUCCCAGUAGCACAUAUCAUUGAGUAGACCUGGGCCUUGGAAAGACUGUCUUCUGACCUGUUGGACAGGGUCCUUAGUGGUUGACUGGUGAGCAGCAGCACUUUAGUUUUCUUAUGAAGACAGUUUAAGGUAAGGAUGUUCAGUGGAAAUAUUUAUCUGCAAGUGAAGGUCCGAACUAUUUAAUGAGGUGGGCAUUGGAAGGAAAUCCGUGUACAGUCUGUAUUUUCUGUAUGUAUAAUGUAUAUAAAGUAACUCAGUCAGAUUAGCUAGGUAGUGUGUUUCAUAGUCUGUAAAUUUUAGCAUCAUACAUUGCCAUCAGUGCCAUUCUGAUGAAGGGGCUACUACAGGGCUGCAACUGAUGGACUCCAAGCGGGAUUCAAAAGGGAUUCAAAAUACAUGAAAAGUACUUCUUCAGUUGUGAAGUAAACCUAUAUAAGUGUGUAUUGAGCUGCUAUCCACUGUAUCCUUGUAACCCUCCCAGAGUUUCAGCUUCCUCUGUCUCCCACCCUACACCUUAUGUUCUCCAAAGGUUUAGCCGACAGUGAGGCUGCUGAUCAAAAUGUUAGUGCCAUAAUAAACAAAGUGGAACUGUA